AACAAAAAAAUUUUGCCUAAAAUCACAAAAAAUUGCGCAAAACGGACUCAAACAUUUGUCGAUUUUUUAGCCGAUGUUUUCACUCAAAAAACUUCGAUAAUUGCAGAUUUUGCCCAAUUUUUGGAAAAUUUGCAAGCUUUUAAGAAUUUUUAUUCAAAAUUUUGCUCAACAAAUCACCAGAUUUAGGAAUAAAAUCACUAGACUUUGGCCUAACCUCAUUUUUUGCGCCACCAAACUAACCGGGAAUGGGGCUGUUUACCCCCAUUUUUGUGGCCUUUUGCGCCUCGCUGGCCCACUCACAGCUCGAUUUUGAAUUUCCGAAAAAUGGGCACACGAAUAAUUGGGCGGUUUUGGUCGAUACGAGCCGUUUCUGGUUCAAUUACCGGCACGUGGCCAACGUGCUUUCGAUCUAUCGUAGCGUGAAACGCCUGGGAAUCCCCGACAGCCAAAUAAUAUUAAUGAUAGCCGACGAUAUGGCGUGCAACCCCCGAAAUCCGCGCCCUGCGACUGUUUUUAACAACGCAAAUCAGCACAUUAAUGUGUACGGGGAUGACGUUGAGGUUGACUAUCGGGGGUAUGAGGUCACGGUUGAGAAUUUCGUGCGGUUGUUGACGGGGAGGUUGCCCCCGGGGACGCCCCGGUCCAAGCAAUUGUUGACUGAUGAAGGGAGCAACGUUUUGAUUUAUUUAACGGGGCAUGGGGGCGACGGCUUUUUGAAAUUUCAGGAUUCGGAGGAAAUAACGAGUCAGGAGAUGGCCGAUGCUUUGGAGCAAAUGUGGCAAAAACAGAGAUAUCACGAAAUUUUUUUCAUGAUUGAUACGUGCCAAGCCGCCUCGAUGUAUGAGCGGUUCUACUCGCCUAAUAUUCUAGCCGUGGGGAGCAGUCUCGUGGGGGAAGACUCACUUUCGCAUCACGUUGACUCGUCCAUUGGUGUUUACAUAAUUGAUCGUUACACGUUUUUUGCACUUGAGUUUUUGGAAAACGUCGAUCAGCAUACGAAAAAAACGAUGGGCGAAUUUUUAAAUGUUUGUCCGAAACGAGUUUGUAUUUCAACAGUUGGGGUCAGGCGCGAUUUAUUCGCAAGGAACCCGCAUCAAGUCCCCAUAACUGACUUUUUUGGGUCUGUGAGGCCUGUUGAGGUCAUCUCGAAUGUUACACUUGUCCCUCUAGUCACAAAUGAGACAAAGACUAAGCCAGUGGCUCAGCCGACGAAGAAAUAUCGUUACAUUCCGCCUUUAGUUAAUUUUAAUUCGAUUGUGUAAUUUUUUGAAUAUUUUUUUGUGAAAAAAAAAGAAAUAAAACAAAGUUUAAAAAAAAU